UUGAUUUUCCUCCCUCUUCUAUUUCUUUCUUGAUGCAGGCUCUUCUAGGUUUUGUAAAUUUCAAGCUUUAUCAUUCAAUAAAUGUGAAGUAUCCCCCUAUUCUUGAUCCUCGGCUGGAAGCUUUAGCUGCUGAGCUUUAUGCAUUGUGUCGCUACAUUUCUGCUGGAUCUGGAAGGUUAUCCGGGGAUCCUCAAGCGGUUACUUCUAUUGAAGAUGGACAACGUGAGGUUGAGAAAACAGGUACACGAACUGAGGAAUCUGAGCUUAGGCUUGCUCAGCUGCAACAUCAGCUUCCAGCCAAUGAACCAGGUGCACUAAUGCAUCUCAUGGAGAAUGCUGAUGACAUGGAUGAUGAUGAUCAUGAGAAAAAAGAAUGCAGAAAUCUUUUCAGAAACUUAAAAAUUUUCUUAAGUCGUGAGGUUCCAAGAGAGUCAUUGCUGUUUGUAAUUCCAGCUUUCGGUGGGGUGGUCUCUUGGGAGGGUGAUGGUUCUCCAUUUAAAGAAUCAGAUGAGGACAUCACUCAUCAGGUAAAAAUUCAUUCGCCAUUAAUGCAUGCCCUAUAUCAGUUGAGUUUCAUGCUGCUCAAAUUUUGUUAAAACACAUUUUUAAAU